AUGUCCGCCAUUGCUACUGCUACUGCCCUGUCUCUUCCAAACUCCUCCUCCCGUUCAAACAAUUUUAACAUGACCAAAAGGGUACAUAGAUCACAAGCAAGGGAUAAAACAAUUGAAGAUCGAAGCACAAAUGAAAUUGAUGUGUUACUCCCCAAUCCACGUACUUCCACACGAUGUCUCGACACAAUGAAGAGCAGAAAGCGCAACGAAAAUAACUUAAAUGUGUCGGGCCCUAUCCAACCUUACAGUGACCGUCUCAAAUGUUUUUGGUACCCUGUAGCCUUUUCCUCCGACUUGAAAGGCGAUACCUUGGUUCCCAUAGAUUGUUUUGAAGAACCAUGGGUGAUUUUUCGUGGUAAAGAUGGCAACCCCGGGUGUGUUCAGAACACGUGCGCUCACAGGGCAUGCCCGCUUCAUUUGGGUUCAGUAAACGAGGGCCGUAUACAAUGUCCUUAUCACGGAUGGGAGUACUCGAUCGAUGGAAAAUGUGAGAAAAUGCCAUCAACUAAAUUACUUGACAUCAAAAUCAAGUCGUUGCCUUGUCUUGAGCAUGAAGAAAUGAUUUGGAUUUGGCCGGGCAAUGAUCCCCCAACCGCUAUACUUCCUUCAUUAUUACCACCUUCUGGUUUCCAAAUACACUUAGAGACUAUAAUUGAACUUCCUGUGGAACACGGAUUACUACUGGAAAACCUUUUAGAUCUUGUACAUGCUCCUUUUGUACACACCUCGACAUUUGCUAGGGGAUGGAGCAUUCCAAGGUUGGUGAGAUUCUUGUCACCGUCAUCCAGUCUGCAAGGAUACUGGGAGCCUUACCCAAUAGAUAUGGAGUUCAGGCCACCUUGCAUGGUGCUGUCGACAACCGGGAUCUCCAAGCCCGGGAAAUUAGACGGGCAGAGCACAAGAGAGGGCGAAACACACCUUCACCAGCUUCAUGUCUGCGUGCCUUCAUCGAGACAAAAGACGAGGCUUUUGUACAGGAUGUCGCUCGACUUUGCCCACAUACUAAAGCACGUACCAUUCAUCGACCGCCUGUGGAGACACUUUGGCAACAAGGUCCUGAAUGAGGACCUAAGAAUAGUAUUGGGUCAACAGGAGCGCAUGCUAAAUGGCGCGAAUGUGUGGAAUUGGCCUGUGCCAUAUGAUAAGCUUGGAGUAAGAUAUAGGCUAUGGAGGAACUCGGUCGAGCAAGGAGGUUCAGAUGGACCGCCCUUCGCCGAGUCAACAUAA